ACUUCCGCCGGAAGCUUAGUUGUCUUGUUUCCUGUCAGAGCUAGUCCUGUCAACGUGGAAAUUGUUUCUACGAAGGAAAGGGCCACAAAGACUUACAAUCACUUUCUGAAGUCCGCCUUAGGCUUGUCUUGGGUGAGGUCGAUAUCGGCCCGGGCCGAAGGCUGUUUCUGGCGAGCAGACGAAGACAAUUUCUGUUCCGGAACAGAGGCCACGCGCCCAGGUUGUUUCCGGAGACCCGAGGCCGUUACACCGCCGCGCCCCGCCCCUGGCGCGGCCACGUCUCUCUGGGGCUACCGGGGCAGCCGCCGGGUAUCGUGAUAUUGGUAGGUUUGACUGCAAGCCAUGUGUGAGACUUUAAACUUUGCUCUGGAAAUGGAACACAGAGUGAGGUCCUUCCCAAGAGCUCUGGGCUGUUGCUGAUGGCAGGAACUGUGCUCGUCCCGGGGUCACUUGUAGCCCUUCAGUGUCUGCUCAGCCCAGGCCCACCUGACCAUGGACGGCAUGUCGGCUGAAGAUGAUGGCCUCUUGGAGGACAGACCCAGCAGCGACACCUCAGCUUGCCCCGAGGCCCUCCUGACUCCCCAGCUGGACAAAGCCCAGUGUGCCAGUGUUGAGGUAAACAGAGCUUCUGAGGAAGUAGGAUGCCUGGACACAGCUGGCCAGGGGCCGCUCUGCCAGAAUGGGUCCAUGCCGAAGUUCCCAGACUCGCCAGUAUCUCUCGAUCCCACCACAAGCCCAGUGGGUCCUGAUGCCUCUCCAGGUGUGGCUGGUUUCCAUGACAACCUAAGGAAGUCCCAGGGAACUAGUGCUGAGGGCAGUGUUAGAAAAGAAGCUUUGCAGUCUCUCAGACUCAGUCUUCCCAUGCAAGAAACGCAACUGUGCUCCACAGCGCCUUCCCUGCCCCUGGAGAAGGAGGAACAGGUCCGACUCCAGGCCCGGAAGCGCCUAGAAGAGCAGCUCCGGCAGUACCGCGUGAAGCGCCAGCAGGAACGGUCCAGCCAACCUUCAACAAAAAUGAGACUCUUCAGCACUCUUGAUCCUGAGCUCAUGUUGCACCCAGAAAACUUGCCAAGGGCCAGUACUGUAGCUAUGACCAAAGAGUACUCCUUCCUGCGCACCAGCGUCCCUCGGGGGCCCAAGGUGGGCAGCUUAGGGCUGCUGACACAUGCCAAGGAGAAAAAGAGUUCCAGAUCAAGCAAAAUCCGGUCUCUGGCUGAUUAUAGAACUGAAGAUGGAAGUGGUUCCGGUGGCCUUGCUCCUGCUGCUGACUGUAUUGGGAGCUCCCUGAAGCAGAGCAGGGGCAGCACCUCAGUGGUGUCUGAGGUCAGCCUGUCCCCCGAGACUGAUGGCCGUCUUGAGAAUGCCUCAUUGACUGGGGACAGUGUGUCAGAGGCCGACGGAAACGAGAGUGACAGCUCCUCACACAGCAGCCUCUCCACCCGCGGAACCUGCAGUGUCCUGGGGAACAUGAUGGUCACACAGGGAGCUGCCUACAUGGUUAAUGGCCAGGAGAUUGCCACAGAGACCCUGGGCCAUUUCCCUUCAAUUAAGGAUAUCCUCCAGGCCUCGGCAGCAGAGUACCAAGACCAGGGGCAGGAGGUCAACGGGGAGGUGCAGAGCCGCAGAGACAGUAUCUGCAGCAGUGUGUCCAUGGAGAGCUCCCUUGCUGAAGCACAGGAUGAAAUGUUGCAGGUUCUUAAAGAAAAAAUGAGACUUGAAGGACAGCUGGAGGCUUUAUCACUAGAGGCCAGUCAGGCACUUCAGGAAAAGGCAGAGCUGCAGGCCCAGCUGGCUGCCCUACACACCAGGCUGCAGGCCCAGGUAGAGCGGAGCCACAGCAGCCAGCAGAAGCAGGACUCCCUCAGCUCCGAGGUGGACACCCUGAAGCAGUCCUGCUGGGACCUGGAGCAGGCCAUGACUGACCUGCAGAACAUGUUGGAAGCCAAGAAUGCCAGCCUGGCAUCUUCAAACAAUGACCUACAGGUGGCAGAGGAACAGUACCGGAGACUGAUGGCCAAAGUUGAGGACAUGCAGAGAAGCAUCCUCAGCAAGGACAACACAGUGCAUGACCUCCGACAGCAGAUGGCAGCCCUGCAGAGCCAGCUCCAGCAAGUGCAGCUGGAGCGCACGACGCUGACCAGCAAGCUGCAGGCAUCGCAGGCUGAGAUCGCAUCUCUGCAGCAUGCCCGGCAGUGGUACCAGGAGCAGCUUGCCCUGGCCCAGGAGGCCCGGGUCAGGCUGCAGGGUGAGGUGGCCCAUAUCCAGGUUGGACAGAUGACCCAGGCUGGCCUCCUGGAGCACCUGAAGCUUGAGAAUGUGUCUCUGUCCCAGCAGCUGACAGAGACACAGCACAGGUCCAUCAAGGAGAAGGAGCGCAUAGCUGUGCAGCUCCAGAGCAUUGAGGCUGACAUGUUGGAUCAGGAAGCAGCCUUUGUGCAGAUUCGGGAGGCAAAGACAAUGGUGGAGGAGGAUCUUCACAGGAGGCUAGAAGAGUUUGAGACCGAACGGGAGCAGCUGCAGAAGGUGGCAGACUCAGCAGUGGCCCUGGAGCAGCAGUUAGAACAGGUGAAGCUGACUCAGCAGCAGCGAGACCAGCAGCUCGUGGCGCUGCAGCAGGAGCACUUGGGCCUGGCGAAACAGCUCACCUUGGCGCAGGAGGCCCUGCAGGCUCGGGAACAGUCCCUAGAAGACCUUCACACCCGAUACAAUGAGCUACAGGCACAGCUGGAGGAGCUGCAAGGGGAGGCUGCUGUCAGGGAGGACACGGUCCGCUUCCUGCAGAACGAGAAGAUUGUCUUGGAGGUGGCUCUGCAGGCAGCCAGGAGUGGCAAGGAGGAGCUUGAUAGGGAAGCGAGGCGCUUGGAAGAAGGUACUGAGGAGACAUCAGGACUUUUAGAGCAGCUGAGACAAGAGUUGGCUGUCAAGUCCAGCCAGGUGGAGCACCUGCAACAGGAGGCGGCCUCCCUGAGAAAGCAGACACAGAAGGUGAAGGAGCAGUUCCUUCAGCAGAAGUGUUGUGUGCAGGUGAUGGUGGAGGCCUACCGGCGGGAUACCACCUCUAAAGACGAGCUCAUUAGUGAGCUGAAGGCCACAAAAAAGCGACUGGACCUGGAGAUGAAGGAGCUGAGGCAGGAGCUGCUCAGGCUGCAGGGAGGGAAGAGGGCCGUGGAGGUGGAGUACUCUCGCUUGCAGAAGGAAGUGUCCCUGGCCCACCAGCAGAUGGCUGACCUUGAGGAGCACCUCCAGUCAGCACAGAAGGAGCGAGACGAGAUGGAGACAUACCUGCAGGCCUUUUUUUCUUUGAAGUCUUUGCAGUUUGACAAAGAGCAGAUGGUCACUCUUACAGAGGCCAACGAGGCACUGAAGGAGCAAAUAGAAGCACUGCAGCAAGAGGCCAAAAAGGCCAUCACAGAGCAGAAGCAGAAGAUGAAGCAGCUGGGCUCAGAUCUGACCAGUGCCCAGAAGGAGAUGAAGACCAAGCACAAGGCCUACGAGAAUGCUGUGAGCAUCCUCAGCCGCCGCUUGCAAGAGGCUCUGGCUGCCAAAGAGGCUGCAGACAUGGAGCUGAGCCAGCUCAGAGCCCAGAGCACCAGCAGUGACAGUGACCCUGUCCUACAUGAGAGGAUCCAGGCACUGGAGGUGGAACUGCAGAGCAUUGGCCACAGCAAGCUGAUGCUGGAGAAGGAGCUUCAGGAGGUGAUUGCCAUGACGAGCCAGGAGCUGGAGGAGUCCCGGGAGAAGGUGCUAGAGCUGGAGGACGAGCUUCAAGAGUCCAGAGGCUUCAGAAAGAAGAUAAAGCGCCUUGAGGAGUCAAAUAAGAAGUUGGCUCUUGAGUUGGAACAUGAGAGAGGGAGACUCACAGGCCUUGGACAGUCCAAUGCAGCCCUGCGGGAGCACAACAGCGUCUUAGAGACAGCGCUAGCCAAGAGGGAAGCUGACCUGGUCCAGCUGAAUCUGCAGGUGCAGGCAGUUUUGCAGCGUAAAGAGGAAGAGGAUCGCCAGAUGAAGCAGCUUGUCCAGGCCUUGCAAGCCUCACUGGAGAGAGAGAAGGCAGAAGUGAGCAGCCUCAAGAAGCAGGUGGCUGCUGCCAGGGUGGAAGCUGGCCAUAAUCGCCGGCACUUCAAGGCAGCCACCAUGGAGCUGAGUGAGGUGAAGAAGGAGCUGCAGGCCAAGGAGCACCUGGUGCAGACACUGCAGGCCGAGGCUGAUGAGCUGCAGAUUCAGGAGCGGAAACACUCCCAGGAGAUAGCACAGUUCCAGGUGGACCUGGCAGAGGCCCGGACCCAGCUCCAGGUCCUGCAGCAGAAGCUGGAUGAGCAGCUGAGCCAGCAGCCUGCGGGAAGCCAAGAGAUGGAAAAUCUCAAGUGGGAGCUGGAUCAGAAAGAGCGGGACCUCCAGUCUCUGAAGCAGCAGCUGAACCUGACGGAGCAACAGGGCAGAAAGGAGCUGGAAGGAAUACAGCAGCUGCUACAGAAUAUCAGGUGUGAGCUAGAGAUGGUGCAGGAAGAUCUGUCCAUGACCCAGAAGGAUAAAUUCAUGCUCCAAGCUAAAGUGUCUGAGCUAAAGAACAACAUGAAGACUCUGCUUCAACAAAACCAGCAACUCCAGCAAGAUCUCCGCCGUGGCGUGGCCAAGAGGAAAGAACCGAAGAGUGAGGCCAGCUCCUCUAGCCCAGCGACACCCAUCAAGAUCCCAGACUGCCCCGUCCCAGCCUCACUGCUAGAGGAGCUGCUGAGACCCCCGCCUGCUGUGAACAAGGAGCCCCUCAAGAACCUGAACAGCUGUCUGCAGCAGCUUAAGCAGGAGAUGGACAGCCUGCAGCGGCAGAUGGAGGAACACACCAUCACUGUGCAUGAGUCUCUGUCUUCCUGGACCCAGGUGGAAGCACCCCUGGGAGAGCACGCCCACCCCCGGGGAGACACCCAGCAGCAGGGUCGCAGCAGGGCACCCAGAGAAGGCCUGGAGCAGUGACAACCAACCACUGAGGGCAGUGUGCUGCUGUGUGCAGGGAUGUACCGUUUCUAAUACUAUUUAUUUGAUUGUGUGCUCUACAUUUUCCUGAGAGAUGAAAUUUUAAGUUUUGCUUUUGCCUUUGAAAAGGAGUGAAAUAACAGAGUAAGAGCCAAGGUUUAGAGAAAUAGUCAUUGCAAACCACAGCUAGCUUUUCCCAUGAAAUGACCAAAUCUUAGAAGCCGGGUUUAGAGCUCAGGAGGGAGUUUCUGGAUGUCUGUCUGGUGGGUGCUGUGCAGGAGGAGGUGUCAGUGGGCAUGAGUAACAUUCAUCACUGGUUUCUGGCAGAGGCUUUGCAGGGCAGGGUCUGGGGGCAGCAGCGCCAGGGACCCAGGCAGUUCUUCCAUCCCACUUAGCAAGAGCUUUACUUUUCUGCAGAAAUGUUUGAUUUGCACCUUUGGCUUUUUAGUUCUCUUUUUUUUAAUAGCCAUCUCACCAUAGGAUGUGUAUAAGCACUGAAAAUCAUAAUCUUGUAAAAGCAUACGCGUAUAUUAUUUAAGAAGAACUGAUUAUCUUUUUAUUGAUUGCCAUUUGAAAAUUUGCUUUUGGGUAAUAAUGUACAUGUAGGAUUUAGGGAUGUCAGUCAAAAAACUGUAUUUUAAGAGGUAUAUUUUAUUUACUGCACCUUCUAAAGCCAAAUAUUCUUGCACAGAAAAGAUUCUUUAUUGUUUUAGUUUCACUUUUUUCUGAGGGUUUUUACUUCCUCCCCAGUCUCCUCAUAGUUUACAACAUUGGCCUGUCAGGCUGCUGGCCUGGCAUGGUCCAUCUUGGCUGACUGCCAGGCAGAUGAAGCAAGGACCUGGCAUGUGGGGGCACAGGGUGUGGAAGAAAGCAGGGGAGGAGGAGGGCCUGACUCACACGUGGGCUGCAGGCCUCCUGAGACAGUGUUCCCCGGGCCCUGUGAUGUGGUGGAUGCCAGCAUCACCUGGAAUCAGCUCUGAUGUCUAGAAGAGACUUGCAGGUACCACAGGCAAGUGGCUGCAGUCUCCUUGGAACGGAGGCUCAAAGACAGAUGCCUUGUUUAAGAUUAGCACCAAGUGAGGCGAUUUUACUGGGAUGUUUUCCACCUAAGGUCCUAAUGCUGCAGACUGACUGGGAGAGAUGAGGUCUUUAAACUUACCCCCUAGUUACUAAGAAAAUCUAAAAUGAUACUUAUUGUUAGGAGUUAGGAGGAAGAGAGGGAGGGAGGUCCAGUAGCCUCUGAAAUGAAGUUCUGGAGUUACUGGUCAGUCCCAGUGUGCACGGUUAGUAGAUUGCUUGUAUCUAUUUUGUGGAGAAAACAGUAAGGAAUUUUUAAGGUGUUUAUGUUCUUUUGUAAUGUACUAUUGGAAGGUUAAUUGAUAUGGUUAAAGUAGCAUUAACAACAAAGAUGUUUGGUGUUUUAAAAAGAAUUCCUUAGCAAGUAUUGUAAUUUCUUAAAUGUAUAUAUCAUUUGUACAGGGUUAAUCUUGAAAUAAUACUUGACAACUUCAUUAUAAAUAUAUCCUACUUUUUACCUAAGUUGGACAUUGUUUUGACAAAAUUGUUUUUGUACCAUUAGAAAAGAGAAAUGGUAAUAUGCCUUCUUAUUUAUUUCUGUUAUAUUAUCUUUUGUGUUAGUCUUAAACCAGGAGGUAACCCUUGGGCACAGUCUGUGGCAGAGCUGCCUUCUCCUGAGCUGCUGUGCUUUCCUGUGAGGAAAGAACAGGCUACCCUGACUCCUCCAUUCAGGAAAAGCGGCUCUGCUCUGUGCCGCUUCGUCCCUCACACCUGGCUCGUCUCUAGCUGUGCCCACCCCAUUGCCUGGCCCUCUUGGUUCCAAGGGCCUGGCCGUCUUGGCCCUAGCCCGUGUCUGUCUCUGUGUGCUUGUUUUGCACACGCCUGCCAUGCUGGACCUGAGGCCCUGUGCCCAAGCUGGUGCUCCCUUCAUGCUUCCUUUCAAAGUUACCUUGAAGAGAGGUUGGGUUUGUAAGUGGCCUGCUUUUGAUCACUGAGGGAUUUUUCCUAUCUCCAGGGGUCUCUACUGCACUUCUACCUCCCAGAGCUAGAUUCUUCGUGACUGCAAAGAUUGUGCUUGUGGGCAGAAGUGGGAGUUACAAGAUUCGCUUGUGGGUGACCAGUUCUGUCUAGAGUACUACUGUGUGAGAGCCUUCCACUGCAGUGCAUGUGUGCAUGUGACUCCUACACACUGUCUGUCGAAUCCUGUUGCAGGGAGUAUUGUCUUGGGCACUUAUGAUGUCAUUCCUUGUUUUGCUUUCUUUUUUUUUUUUUUUUUUGGUACCGGGAAUUGAACUCAGGACCUUGUGCUUUCAAGGCAGGCGCUGGAACCACUGAGCUAAAUCCCCGGCCCAUUCCUUGUUUUUCUUAUGUUCAAAAGAAAAUUUAUUUCAAUGUGGUAUCCAUCAAGUAUUUUUCAUGGUAUAUGUCAAUCAAAGCCACGGAUCUCACAGACUUAUACACCUUUGUUGGAAGAAGUAACAGGCAGUGUUUUCAAUAGGACCUGAAGCUAGACUCAGGCCUGGGUCCAAGGGACAGGAUUAGCCUUCUAAGAAGACACUGUAGUAUACCACAUCAGGAAGCUUGUGCUAAACUCUUUCUCAGUUUAAACUUCCUUUCCUUGGUAUACGGUUACUGCAAAAGCCAUGAGCCUACAGAAUAACAAUAAUAUUUCCGGGGAUUUAGCUCGGUGGUUCCGCCAAAUGCCUUGCAAGCACAAGGUUCCAAGUUUGAUCCCUGGUACCAAAAAAAAAAAAAUUUCAGAGACAGAAUAACAAUGACAUAUAUUAUUCCUAUUUCUAUGAGGUUUUUUUUUAACAAAAAUUUAAGCGUUGUGUGUAAAGAUUCUGAGAGUGAAAAGGACCUGCAUAUUUGAAAGAGAACUGUCCUGGGGCAUUCCUUUAAAGGGCCCCUGACGUAAAUAGCUGUGGUGUGAGUCUUACUCUAUCUCAACCUGUGGUGGGCUCAGCUUCAGACAGGAUCCUUGAGGGCUGUUUUCAAAGGUCUCCAGAGUUCUUAGUUGCUCAUUUCUAUAAAAAAGAUUCCUCACAAAAUAGAGUUGGUCAGAUUGGGACAGUUCUGGGGAAGUGUCACCAUGUGUAACAGUUUGUACCUUUAAGAAGCAUGUUGAUUUUUUUUAUGAAUAUAAACGUGCUUGGGAAUUCCUUAAAUUUUGUGCAAUAAACUAUUUUUGGUAAA